UUACUUUAGAGCUCUGAGCUUGUCGACCUGAUUUCUGUCUCCAAUUAUAACUGAAGUCAUGAAGUUGCUCCUAAUUUCAUUAGCUGUGCUCGUACAAUGUGAGGUGAAGCUCUGGAAGAAUCCUCUAUAUUUAUCCAGGUAUCGAUGUUUGCAUCUUGCCAAUCCUGGUCCUUGUAAAGGCAGUUUUAGAAAGUAUGCAUAUGACGUCUUCGGCGGCUAUUGCUCUGCAUUCAAUUACAGUGGCUGUGGGGGGAAUCCGAAUCGGUUUAACAACCUUGCGUAUUGUGAACUAAAAUGCAGCCUGUCUAGCACUGAGCCAGAGUACGGUCCAUACAACUCUGGUGACGAUCCCAAAGCAACAUUUAUUCCGCCAGGCACCAACGGCGACCCACAAUAUUACGACCAAUACGAAUACGAAAGUGAGGACGAAACUUAUGAGGAAGAAGAAAUAAUAACUGAGAAUUAUUAUGAUUUAGAACCUAAGUCGACAGAAGAUGAUAGUUUGUCUGAUAGCGAAGAAAUCCACAAUCAUUUAAGAAAUUAG